AUGUCUUCGGUCAGAGUUCCUGGAACAGUGCUCACCGCCUACCUCCUCUUUGUGCUGUGGAUUGGGCCGUGGUGGAUGGCCCGGCGGGAGCGUGCCUUCAGUCUGAAACCGCUCCUCCUCGUCUACAACCUGGCGCUGGCCGCCUACAAUGGCUACGUCUUCGCCCGCCUCCUCCUCAACCCGGGCCACCUGGUGGAGCGGGUGCUGGACACGCGGUACCCGCCGGUGGAGGACCGCAGCGAGUGGACGCUGGCCGUCAUCGACGAUAUUUACAUCUACACGCUUUCCAAGUACGUCGACCUGCUGGACACGGUGUUCUUCGUGCUGCGGAAGAAGCAGAGUCAGGUGACGGCCCUGCACCUCUACCACCACUUCAUGGUGGCCGCCAACGGCUGGGUCAUCUUCCGCCUCUGCGCCCUCUGCAACGUCUGCUCGCUCUUUGUGCUGCUCAAUUCGGGCAUCCAUCUGCUGAUGUACAGCUAUUACGCCCUCUCUGCGCUGGGCCCCGCCGUCCGCCCCUACCUCUGGUGGAAGCGGUACAUCACCCAGGCGCAGAUCGGCCAGUUCGUCCUCCUCUUCAUCCACUCCGUCUACUUCACGACGACGCAGGUCGGCUACUCGCCCUACUACACCUACCACUACAUUGCCACGACGGUCAUCUACUGCAUCCUCUUCGGUCGCUUCUACCUGAAGGCUUAUCGGCAGCAGCAGCAGCAACAGGUGAAGAAGGCGGUGGUGGUGCUUGAUAAGAAGGAGAAUUAA